CCCUGAGGUAUACACAGUAUAGUUAGGCUUGAGAUUCUCAAUCAUACCUCCCCCCCACAGAUCCCGUCACUUGCUCGGAUACCCUCCUUCAUGGCUGGGGCAUCCUAGCCUGAGUUAUUCACUUGUCACCUAUGAUACCCACUUCCUGUGUAUAGAUAAAACCCUUAAUGGAGCUAAAAGAAUCCACUCCCGAUGGUACAUACUUACACCCUAGCUAAUACCUGAAGUCUUUCCAGUACCUAUAAUUCCUCCGCUUGUAUACAUCUAACAUUCGUAGAUGUGAGGACAGAUUGGCGAGAGAGGAACUAAAAAACAUACUCCCCCAGCCUAAUAAGAUAGCAAGCCCAAUCCCUCGGGCAUUCGUAAGGGAAUCGAACUCUCUGAAGCUAUGAAAUAAAGUGAACUUCCUGCCGCUUACUUUCCGGCUCUCCCCUUCCGACUGCCGCUCCGCCAUACCCCUCUCUCAAACCGAAUGUCAAAUUUGGGAUAGGGGUUCUUGGAUGGCGCAACUUCCUCUACCGGCCCAGCGCCCGGGCAAAGAAGGGAAUAUACACCAAAUCCUAUCAGAUCGGAGGGAGUACGGAUUCCCGAUACCGAAGAAUUUACAAAAAAAGAGGGAAGAUUCUACUCAAUUUUAAUGAAGCGAAUCAAGGGACCCUACAUAUGCACCGAAUUCAUCUACAACAUGCGACACAGUUGCGCGCGCAUCCCUGACCAGCAUGAAGUGGCGAUUCCACGCCGCCCGCGGAAAACGCAUCAACCCUCGAUGGCUGGCGGGGUGCAAGCGGGGAAUGUGGGUUUUACAUGCACAGUGCCCGAAUGGGUAAAAGGGCUACAGUGACAAAAACCGUACCGGUAGUGAACCAACAACUAAUUUAAGAGAGGUCGAGGUCAAGAGUGAGGCCUUGGCAGUACUCGACCAUACGGAACCCGAGAACUAGCAGAAACAAUCUACUCCUUGUUGCAAGUAGAUCCUGCUCAGCAUGCUCAGGAUGUUGUCUCAUUUAUUCGGAUAAAGGUAUUCGGAGAUACGGUUUGGGAGAAAUGAUGUAUCCGCCGGAAGUAAAGGGCAUGUCCGUUGGAAGCGGUACUGGAGAGUCAAAGGGACUGAGUGAAGUGGAGGCUACGAACCGUGGGAGUCUUUGUGAUCUCUGUACUCCUUUUGUCUGCUUGGGGGUACUCAAAGGAGUGCCGGAAGGAAAUAUGCAUGGAGGAAAAUGCAGAUCGAUGGAAGGAUAGGAGGACUCCCUUGUGGCGAUUCAUAUAAUACCCCUGCAUUUACCGUUUAGUAAGUUGGUUAGUAGACUCGAGCGAUGUGCGGAGAGAGAGUUGAAUUAACUCACACCAAAGUCUUGCGCUGGAGAUCAGGGUGGUGCUCAAGUACAGGUAUUUCCGUUGUAUUACUAAUCGUGGCGGCUUAAACACCUUUUUCUCUUUAAACUUUCACACUCUCAAAAUCCAGAUCUCCCUACCUCUCCCCAAUAUUUCCUUCAACUCCACGACAAUGCCCUGUUCAACUAAGGUAUCCCGCUCUCCUGCCAUUUCUCAUUUCUUUUUCUUCCCGUUGGCCUCAUUCUUCCAGCGCCCCCCAUAGCGACCGAGCACCUCGCGAGCUUUGAAGUUUUCGCGAAUCUCAAGCCAAUUUAUUCCAGAUAUGCCUUGGGCUUCCCGGCAACAGAGUUUACGUCCUCACACCGCCCAGACGUUACUUAGUUGCGGCGUCUCAAAACACAAUGUAUAAUACGCGUAGGAAUCUCGCCGCUUUCCUCGGUCGACCUGUCUCCGCCGAGGUUAUAGUCACGAUCACCUGGGGGUGUUGGAGAUUGUGGAUGCUGCUCGGCAUCCUUAUGACAUUCUACCCUUUCCCGUCCGCCAAUCGGUCGUCCGUCUAUCUGUCGUACGUUCUCGAAGCCGUUUGUCUGUCCCUUUCCGCCCCUCCACUUGUCCCUUCCCGCCUGUUCGCUCCCCCGCGCCACUCGUUUUUUCCAGUUCGUCUGUUCCUUUGUUUGUGGCACCAAGGUUGCUAUGGGUGCACUUUAGCAAUGCACAUCCGUACGAUGGCAAUAGUAGUGCCGGUGGGAGGAAGGUGGGAAAGGGGGUAUAGUUAUAGACCUCCGGGAGCUAUAGACCGUCGGGAGUCCUUGUUCCUGUAUCUGUUUUGUUAGCAUGGGAGUGCGGAAGGCAGUGGGAAGGGCGCAGAGGGAAAUGGGAGCGCUAUGGAAGUCUUUGUGGAGCCCGUCGUUUGUUGUUUCUUCUGUUAUUGUAGCAUGGAAGCACACAGAGCAAAGGGAGAUGAGUGUGGGGGGUGUUAAAGAUAUGUGGUGACCACAGGGAGGAUAUGAUAGUGCCUUCCUGCCG